AUGAUCAGGUACUUCAAUCCUGUCGGUGCGCAUCCGUCGGGUCUCAUUGGGGAAGCUCCUUCAGGAUAUCCAAACAAUCUUAUGCCCUUCAUUCAGCAAGUUGGUAUCGGACGACGUUCGCAUCUCAACGUGUUCGGUAACGACUAUGACACACCUGAUGGAACUGGAGUCCGUGAUUAUAUUCAUGUUAUGGAUUUGGCUGAUGCUCACGUCAAGGCCGUCACCUACUUACUACGUGAUGAUAUUCACGGCGCGCACAUUCACAAUCUCGGCACUGGACGUGGUGCUAGCGUGCUUGAGAUGGUCAAAGCUUUUGAGGAAGCUUCAGGGAAGAAGAUUCCUUAUAAAGUCGUUGCUCGUCGGGCCGGUGAUCUCGGCAGUGUUAUCUGCAACCCUGCUUUGGCCGAAAAGGAGUUGGGAUGGGUAGCCACUCGUGAUAUGAAGACUGUUAUGGAGGACUCCUGGAGGUGGCAGAGCGAGAAUCCCUAUGGUUACGAUAAGGAGGCUCCCGAGAAAGAUUGA